CCAUCUCCUCUUCUCCCUACUCACUUUGCUAUGCACCCUGACUUACCUGCAUGCUGAUGACCACCCCAUCUUUAUCUUCCAGGACACCAUGGACCCCCGGGGGCCAACCUCUCAGUCUUUCCAGCGUCGUGAGAAACCUGGUCGAGUCCGCCGUCAGAAGACCAGGCGGGAACGGAAUGAGGCCCUGGUGGGCAGCCGCAGGCCAUUGGCUCGUCAGAAUGCUCCUGUGGCCAGUCAGGAUCCAUCUGUGGCCUUCCGGGAUCCUGUGGCUGCCACUGCCCCCAAGCUUGUAGUCAUAACCCAAGGCCGGCUGAGCCGGGAGCACCGGGGUCUCUUCAACCACGAAGUGAAAUCGCUGGACGUGGCACGGCUGCUUAGUAGUGGGGCCCUGGAGCCAUGCACCCCCCCACUCCCCAUCAAGCCCUUCACAAGCCCAGGCGAGGCCCAAGAGCCAGCUCUACAGUCAAGGGGCAAGGAGAAUCAGGUACCUGGAGGCUCAGGCCCAGGACCACCUAGUUCCUCAGAGCUAUCUGGCAUUGGGCAGCUGCUGAGGGAGCUGCAGUGCCAGCUGAUUCUGCCACAGGCCUUCCCCAGGAGGAACCUGGUACAAGAGGCCAGGGAUGCCAUCCUGGGCACCUUACACUCCUGCCAUGGCUGUGUGCCUAACCUUGCCCUGGUGCUCCGGGGCUGCCAGCCACCCUUGCCAGGGGCCAACCCUGGGGGCCCUGAGAGGCAAAGGAUGACACCCUCCUGGAUCAACAUUCCUGAACAGGCCCCAGGAGAGGGGAGGCAGAGGAGGCCACAGGGGACAAAGGAGCUCACCUUCACCAUGCCUCACACCUCCAGCACCCCCAUUGCACACAGGAUGAACCUGGCACCACCAAGAGGUCCCUGGCCACCCCCCUUGCCCUCAUUGCCUUCACCAUCAGGGGUGGCCUGGGGACCCCCAACAGCCUUUGACCUACUGAAAAGCAUCUGGCUGGGAGCCACACCACCCACUCCCCAGCCCUGGGGGGUCAGCCCACCUCAGCCCUUGCCUCAGCCACCAUCACCCUUGUUGCCCCGAACAUCUGCCCUGGACUGGAGCCCCAGCCCCCCUGCUCCGCUUCCCAGCCUCUCCUGGGUGGUGACCCGGAGCAGUCCGGAAGCCUGGUCCUUUCCACCCAUGAGACUGUACUGAGGAGGCUGAGGCUAGGGCUGGGGGCAGGUAUCCCACACUCCCAGUCACCUCAAUAAAGUACCUUCUUCAUGGUC